AUGUCUUCUCGUGCCAAAAAGUUAGAAGAGCUGAGGGCUCUCCGUGCCUCUGGAAAGAAGCGGCUUUCGACUUACGAAAUUCAAGAAGACGAAGAUAUUUACGAACAAGUUGACGAGGAAGGGUAUAAGAAGGUUGUCCGAAAACGACUAGAUCGCGAUGACUUUGUGGUUGAUGAUAAUGGCGAGGGCUACGCAGACGACGGUCGGGAAGAGUGGGAUGAUACCCGACUUGCAGCUAGCGACAGUGACAGUGACGGCUUGCCAGUCAGGGGGAAAGCCGCUAAGCGGAAGCGUGAAGAAGAUAACAAGAAAAAGGAGGAAAUAAACAAUGGAAUUAAUAAGUAUUUUACGGCCACCCUCACCAAACAGGCCUCGAAACCAAAGCCUGUUGCUACGGCUGAUGACGAAGCGUUUCUUGCGGAUAUUCUAGGUGACGUUGAGACGAAUAUAGCCCCUUUGAAUGUUCCUGUCAAGAAAUCCGUAAAGUCCGAGACCAGGAGAAAAGUACGGAUUGUUUCCCCUCCAGCUCAACCAAAGCCAAGAGUGAAGAAGACCGAGAUCGACCAGGAGAAUGAUAGUCCCCACCCAAAAGAUAAUUCAGCAGCAGAUGUGGAAUUUGAAGAUGAUGUUUUCCUUGAUGGUGGUGACGACGAUGCCAUUAUGAGUGAGCAGCCAUUACCUUCAUCCCCAGUUGCUAGUGCAGUGGAGCGGAAGACAGCCGGUACCUCGAGAUCGAAACAAGUUGUAAUCAAAAAGGAAGAAGACGACGAUGAUGGAGACGACGAUAUGCUGGAUGUAGCAGAAGCUGUUGCGGACCAUAGUGCUAAUACACCAAGCGUCAACAUGGUUGGAAAGCGGCCGCCUCCAAAAGUCAAGAAAGAAGUAUACGAUGAUCCUAUGGCUUCUUCUCCGGCCCGGGCCACAACCGAAAUGAUCAAUCCUUCAUCCUGGAAUGAUGUAACGAACAAGUUGAAUGUUCUCAACAGCUCGGUCACUGAUAUGCAACGAUUCGGAAAACUUACCUGUCAGGAAGCUGUGGAGGAGGACGGUAGCUUGAGGUUUUUCUGGUUGGACUACACUGAAAUUAACGGUAGUCUCUGCUUAUUCGGAAAAGUCAAGAAUAAGACCAACAACAACUACGUGAGUGCUUUUGUUAAAGUCGACAAUAUUCUUAGGAAACUAUAUUUCCUUCCCCGAGAAUACAAAUAUAUCCGUGGCCAAACUACCAGUGAAGAGGUUGACAUGGAAGAUGUCUAUGGGGAGGUGGAUAAUAUCAUGAGCAGAUCGAAAGUUGAGAUGCAUAAAAUCAAACCUUGCACUCGAAAAUACGCUUUUGAGUUGCCAGACAUUCCUAAAGAAGCCGAAUACCUCAAGCUGAUGUAUCCCUACACGAAACCUGCCUUACCGAUGGAAUUGAAAGGCGAGACAUUUUCUCAUGUUUUCGGAACGAAUACUGCUCUUUUUGAGCAAUUUGUCCUGUGGAAGAAUAUCAUGGGUCCCUGCUGGUUAAAAAUUGAAGAUGCAGACUUCACAGCGGUCAAUGGAGCUUCAUGGUGCAAGCUUGAGUGCCAGGUCACAAAUCCUGCCGAAAUUUCAUUAGUUCCAGACUCCGAGGAGAUUGAAACGCCCCCAUUGACACUCAUGAGCUUGUCUUUCAGAACACAGUUAAAUGUCAAGGAAAAUAAGCAAGAGAUUAUCGUUGCUUCGGCUCGUGUAUAUGAGAAUCUUUCUCUCAGUGAUACCACACCACCUGAGAACCUGCCUUGCAAGACCUUUAGUGUUAUGAGGCCUUCAAAUCUCUCUUACCCCCUUAGAUUUGAAGCCGAAGCUAAAAAGCAGCGUGGUACUGUCAUGCUCGAGAAAACUGAACAAUUUCUUCUCAGCAAGUUCCUGGCUUUGUUCGAAAAAAUUGACCCAGACGUCAUCAUGGGCCAUCAGCUUCAAGAGGUGGAUUUUAACGUCCUACUCAGCCGAUUGAAGGAGAAGAAAACCCCUGGAUGGCACCGAAUUGGCAGACUGAAGCGUGGCGAAUGGCCUAAGAAUUUCUCAAAAGGCUCCGGAUUCUUCAGUGACAGACAACUUCUAGCAGGGAGACUUCUUUGCGAUGUUGCUAAUGACAUGGGCAAGUCUUUGAUGAUGAAAUGUCAGUCGUGGACCUUGACUGAAAUGUGCCAACUUUACUUGGGCGAGGGUGAUCAGCGCCGAGAAGUCGACACCGAAGCUGCUCUCAAAACAUGGGCAACUAGUAAAGAAGGGCUGAUGAACUUUCUCAGCCAUUGUGAAGCAGAUACAUACUUCAUUGCUGCACUUGUUCUCAAGCUACAGAUGCUUCCUUUAACUAAAGUCCUUACCAACCUGGCUGGAAACUCCUGGUCUAGAACACUUAGCGGAACUAGAGCCGAGCGAAAUGAGUACAUUUUGCUUCAUGAGUUUUACCGUGGUAAAUAUAUUUGCCCGGACAAAUAUGGACACAAGACCCAGAUCAAGAUUGAGGAAAAUGAAGGAGAAGAAGAUGGAGCAGACAAAAAGAAGAAGGAGAAAUACAAGGGUGGCCUCGUCUUUGAACCUGAAAAGGGUCUGUACGACAAACACGUUCUCGUCAUGGAUUUCAAUAGUUUGUACCCCAGUAUCAUCCAGGAGUUCAAUAUCUGCUUCACAACGGUAGAUCGACAUGCAUCAUCUGAAAAUGACCGAGAGGAGAGUGUUCCCGAGGUCCCAGAUAGCGAUCAACCGUUAGGCAUCCUACCACGUCUCAUUGCCACUCUUGUCAGCCGCCGAAGAGAAGUGAAAAAAUUGAUGAAAGACAAAAGUGCUACUCCCGAAGAACUUGCUCUUUGGGAUACCAAACAGUUAGCCUUGAAACUAACAGCAAAUUCCAUGUACGGAUGUUUGGGUUAUACACAAUCACGAUUUUAUGCCCGACCUCUUGCCAUGCUUACAACAUUCAAAGGACGAGAAAUUCUACGGAACACGAAGGAACUUGCAGAGACUAACCAACUUCGAGUUAUCUACGGAGAUACCGAUUCAGUCAUGAUCAAUACUAACACAGACAAUGUUCAGGAGGCACUCAAAGUUGGCAAUGAAUUCAAACGUUUGGUCAAUCAGAGAUACAGACUUCUUGAGAUUGAUAUUGACAAUGUGUUCAAGAGGCUUCUUCUGCACGCAAAGAAGAAAUAUGCCGCAAUUAACUUAUCAGAGGUUGAUGGGAAGUACGUUGAACAUCUCGAAGUUAAGGGUUUGGAUAUGAAGCGUCGAGAAUUCUGUGCUUUGUCAAAGGAGGUUUCCACCAAGUUACUGCAUGAGAUCUUGUCAGGAGAUGAUGUUGAAGUUGUCCUUAACAAAAUCCAUGAUUACUUGCGGGAACUAGCGCAGAAGAUGCAUGAAUAUGCAAUUCCGGUCCAGAAGUAUGUCAUUUAUACGAAACUAUCAAAAAAACCAGAUGAAUACCCAAACAAGGAGACUAUGCCUCCCGCACAGGUAGCUCUGCGUGAGCUUGCCAGGGGCAAAUCCGUACGCCCAAAUGAUGUUAUUUCUUAUAUAGUAACGUUGGGUGACUCAGAGACAUCCUCGCUGCAACCAGCUAAACGCUCAUACACCCUCCAAGAUGUCAUCAAACCCGAUUCUGGGUUGAAGCCAGACGUGGAAUUCUACCUGUUAAAGCAGAUAUUCCCUCCGAUUGAGCGACUAUGUGCCCCUAUUCCCGGUACAGACGCUGCGCGACUCGCUGAAUGUCUCGGCCUGGAUGUUAGAAAAUACCAAAUCUCAAGCAACGCCACACACGGCCAGCAAGAAACAGAGUUAUGCGCCCUUGAAUCACAAAUCCCUGACUCAAUUAGAUUUGAGAAAGCUGCCAGGCUAAACCUCCAAUGCCGCUUCUGCCGCAAAAAAUCCACGUUUGAGGGCCUUGUUGCCUCACGAGAUAUGUGUUCUCCCAACGGCCUAUUAUGCCCUGAACCCUCAUGUGGCAAAGCAUUUACGGUCAUAUCCAUUGUUGCACAGCUAGAAAGUCAAAUCCGAGCCCAGACCGCACAGUACUACGAAGGCUGGCUCGUUUGCGACGACUCUGCCUGCGGCAACCGAACUCGUCAAAUGAGCGUUUACGGCCAACGAUGUUUAGGGCCUCGUGGACGUGCUGAAGGUUGUCUUGGUCGUAUGCACUAUGAAUAUAGUGAAAAGCAGCUAUAUAACCAGCUGCUGUACUUUGCUGGACUGUGGGAUGUUGAGAAAGCUAAGGGGAUGGCGGAGAAGGAGGCCUCGGUAGAAAAGAGAGAGGCAAUCUUAGCACUUAUUGCAUGGAAUAGGACACGGUUUGACACAGUCAAAUCGGUUGUGGAUGGGUACUUGAAGAAGUGUGGACGGCAGUGGGUGGACAUGGACGUCUUGUUUGGCUUUGCUAUGGCAUGA